AUGAACGAGUGCUGGCUCUGCAUCACCUGUUACUACGAGUUCGUCUGCGACGUCUUCCGGCCACAAAAGCGGCGAGUACACGUCUCUCGCACGCGCUCGGCGCCGCCCGCGCUGACCCUUUCGCGCCCAGACGCUUUCUUGUGCGUGAUGUGCGUGGCGCACGGCGCCCGAGUGACCACCGAACAGCACGUUUACACGCAUUCGAUGGCCAAGUUCACGCCCGGCCACGAUCCCAGCGCGCCGGACGACGGUGGGGGCGAGGAGAACGGGGCGUAG